AUGGCAGCACUGCACUCCAGCCCGGGCAACAGAGUGGUAUGUCUCAAAAAAAAAAACAAAGACUAUUCAAUUGUAACAGAAAGAUUCAAGGGCAGAUUUGCAGAGUGACCUUAUCAUGUCUACAUACUGGGAAAAGCUGGUAGAAAAGAGGAGGAACCCAUUCUAAGGAACCUCUACCUUUCAGUUCCUCCAGUCUUGAGCUCCAGGGUUAGAUGUUCCCUCAACGGCAAACCUCUGCUCUUGUUACUGUCAUGGGACCACCACCAGCCACCAAGCAUCAGCCCAUCUUUCCAUAAUGUCAAGUCUAGGGUGACAUUUGUCUAAUGUUUGCCUACCUGGAGAUGUUGCCCCAAUCAUCACCACCAGCAGAAACAACCGGCACCCAUCUUAUAUGGGUAAUUCCUUACCGAAGGAGUUCUAGAAAUGCACGGCACACCAAAACGCAGGGUAGGUCAUGCAUUUCUAGAGGAAGAAAUGGCGAUAUGGAGAGAAAGCUUGUCCUAACCCACUUCUACCAAAGCAGGAUUAAAGUCAAUUUGGAAAAAAACACCGUUUCUCCUUUUAUAUAAAAACCAAAUGCAGAAACUAUAAAAAGAAAUCUAAUAAGCUUGACUCUACACAAAUACCAAAAUGCACUGUAAACAAAAUUAAAGGUAACUGACAGAGGAAGUAUUUGCAACGUAUAUCGCAAGCCAAGUUUUCAAGCAUCAAAAGUUCUUACAAAACCAAUUUUUACAAAGAUGAAUGCCAAGUUUUAAAAUGAACAAAAGACAGGAAAACGCAAAUCACACAAUAAGGACAAAUGGCACUAAAGAUACAGGAAAAAGUCUAUUCUUCCUACUAACAAGGAAGUGAAUACAAUCAAAGAUGUCAAUUUUUGACAAUAAAAUGGGCCAAAAAAAAAUUGUAAGAAAAAAGAGAAUUUCCAAUGCGGGCCAAGGAUUGGAACGUUUGCUGGAAGGCAGUUUCCCUCUACCUUUAGAAAGCCUCAAAGUGAACGUAUGUUUUGGCCCUGCAACCUCACAUGUAGGAAUUUAUCCUAAGGAAACAGUCAGGGGUGACGUCAAAGAUUCAUCUGCAAGGAUAUUCAACACGGCUUUGAUACACGAAAAAAAGUAAAUAAAUAAAAGGAAACAAUGUAAGUCUUCCUAAAUGAUGCCAAAGUCCUAUGCUGUCAUUAAAAAGCACCUAUAACUCCAUCAUCUAGGUGAUUUUGACUUUUGCUUUGGACAUUUUGCCUGUACAUUUCUAAAUUCUCUAUGCCAAAUAAUGCAUUGUUUUGUCAUCAGAUUUUGUUUUACAAAAACAAACCAAAACAAAAAAACCGUCUUUAUGACACGGGGUUAAUAGGGAAACUGUGCUUCCCAGGCAUUGACCAGGCGUCUACACCAGCUGCCUAGCAGCCUACCGGUAGGCGUCUACACCCGCCUACUGACUCAAGCCACCUAAGGCUGGCAGAGCCUUAAGAGGGCGCCAGAGCGCCAGAACGCGUGAAGCACGACAAGCUCCCUCGCUCCCGGUGCGGCCACGGGGGCAGGCAGGGUCCUGGGCGCCGAACAGGGGCGGCAGGAGCCUCGUUUACAGACGUCUACACAAGCAACUCACUUCCCCGAACCGAAGAAAAACGCGAGGCCACACAGACCGCUAGGCCAAACACGCCCCUCCCGGCCGCGGCGUCCGCUCCCCGAGUGCGCAUGCGCGCGCCCAGCCCCCUCAGGCCUGCGCUUCCCAGCAGGCCUCGCGCACGGGUUUCCAUGGCGACGGGCCGCCGCUGCGGCCUUGCUGCAGUCGCAGGAACCGCGCGGAACAGGUUGUUUGCUAUGUCUUUGGCUGAUCUAACAAAAACCAAUAUAGAUGAGCAGUUCUCCAGCGUGGCAUCAGAAAACAAUAGGAGAUCUGCAGAAUGCAAGAGAAGCCCGGGCACAGGCAAUUUUUCACGGAACAGUAAUGCUUCCGAUAAGAGUGUUGAUUAUAGCAGGUCUCAGUGCUCCUGUGGAAGUUUAAGUUCUCAGUAUGAUUAUUCAGAAGACUUUCUCUGUGAUUGUUCAGAAAAGGCCAUUAAUAGAAAUUAUUUAAAGCAGCCUGUGGUUAAAGAAAAGGAGAAGAAAAAGUACAAUGUUUCUAAAAUCUCCCAAUCUAAAGUUAACAGGUGGCCUUGUUACAGAGUACCACAAUACUUGGAUUUCACUGGCUUCUUGCCUUUCAUCUCAGCUGAAGAAUCAGUGUUUGAAUCGCCAGUGAAAUGUAAAUACCUGUCUCAACACCCCAAGAGGAUGGUCUCCAAGUCCGGCCAGAAGGAAAUCUCAGUUGAAAAAAAGCACACCUGGAAUGCAUCACUCUUUAAUUCUCAAAUCCAUAUGAUUGCCCAAAGAAGAGAUGCUAUGGCUCAUCGAAUACUCUCAGCAAGGCUUCAUAAAAUUAAAGGACUAAAAAAUGAAUUAGCUGAUAUGCAUCAUAAAUUGGAAGCCAUCCUUACAGAAAACCAAUUUUUGAAACAACUUCAGCUUAGGCAUUUGAAAGCUAUAGGAAAAUAUGAGAACUCACAAAAUAAUCUACCUCAAAUUAUGGCUAAACAUCAGAAUGAAGUAAAAAAUUUAAGGCAACUACUUAGGAAAUCCCAGGAAAAGGAAAGAACGGUAUCUAGGAAACUUAGAGAAACUGACAGCCAGUUACUGAAGACUAAAGAUACCCUGCAGGCACUGCAGAAACUCUCUGAAGACAAAAACCUUGCCGAAAGGGAAGAACUCACUCGUAAAUUAUCUAUUAUCACAACAAAAAUGGAGGCAAAUGACAAAAAAAUACAGAGCUUGGAAAAACAACUGAGGUUGAACAGCAGAGCCUUUAGUCGGCAGCUGGCUAUUGAGACUCGGAAGACUUUAGCAGCUCAAACAGCUACCAAGACUCUGCAGGUGGAAGUAAAAUACCUUCAACAAAAACUUAAGGAAAAGGAUCGUGAGCUUGAAAUUAAAAACAUCUAUAGUCAUCGAAUACUUAAAAGUUUACACGACACAGAGGACUAUCCAAAAGUUUCUUCAACAAAAUCAGUCCAAGCAGACAGAAAAAGUUUGCCAUUCACAAGUAUGAGACACCAGGGAACCCAAAAAUCAGAUGUUCCACCUUUGACAACUAAGGGUAAAAAGGCAACAGGAAACAUGGAUCGUAAAGAAAAAUCAACUGAAAUAAAUCGUGAAAUUCCUCACUGUGUCAAUAAACUACCAAAGCAAGAGGAUUCUAAGACAAAAUAUGAAGAUUUAUCAAGGGAAGAGAAACAUUUGGAAGUGCAAGUACUGUUGGAGAAUACUGGAAGACAAAAAGACAAAAAAGAAGACCAAGAAAAGAAAACCAUUUUUGUGAAAGAAGAGCAAGAAUUACCACCAAAAAUAAUUGAAGUUAUUCAUCCUGAAAGAGAAAGCACUCAAGAAGAUGUUCUAGUAAGAGAAAAGUUUAAAAGAAGCAUGCAGAGAAAUGGCAUGGAUGACACACCUGACAAAUGCACUGCUCCCUACACGAAAGGCCCCCUCAGACAAAGAAGGCAUUACUCAUUCACAGAAGCAACUGAAAAUCUGCAUCAUGGGCUUCCUGCUUCAGGUGGGCCAGCCAAUGCUGGCAACACGAAGUACAGUCAUAGUACAAGCAAGCAUCUCAGUAACAGAGAGGAAAUGGAGCUAGAGCAUUCUGACAGUGGGUAUGAGCCCUCAUUUGGCAAGUCUUCCAGAAUAAAAGUGAAGGAUACAACUUUCAGAGAUAAGAAAAGCAGUCUCAUGGAAGAACUCUUUGGAUCAGGCUACGUGUUGAAAACUGACCAAUCAAGUCCUGGUGUUGCAAAAGGCUCAGAGGAGCCUUUGCAAAGUAAGGAGUCACAUCCCCUGCCUCCCAGUCAGGCCUCCGCCAGCAAUGCUUUCGGAGACUCUAAAGUAACUGUGGUAAAUUCUAUUAAGCCAUCGUCACCUACAGAAGGAAAAAGAAAAAUAAUUAUUUAAAUAUAAUCAAUAUCCUAAUGCAUUCUGGUUUGAUAUAAUGCUACUUAUGUGCCUUGCAUCUUAUUUUUGAAAUGUGUGAGAGAGGGAGUGUAUGUGUGUGUGUCUUUUAGUACUUAAUUGACUUUCAAUAAUUAAAUUUUUGUUUUAUUGCUAA